AUGAGUAGUGUUCCAUCAUAUAUAUCUGGUUAUGUUGAUCAAGCAUUGAUAGUUAAUAGUGUUCAAUAUGUAACUGUUAGUUCAUAUUUAAGUUUUUUUAGUCGUUCAUUUACAAUUGAAGCAUGGAUUUAUGUAACUAGUUUAAUUUCAUCAGUUGAUUAUGGAAUAUUUGGUCAAUACCAAGCAGCUACUACUCGACAAUGGCUUUUUUGUAUUAUUAGGUCAAACAAAAUGUUUUUUGGAUUUUUCAAUGAUGAUGUUGGUGGUUCAACAACUCUUUCUACAAAUAUUUGGACACAUGUUCCCUAG